UAGCAAGCCGGUUAUUCGGCAUCCGACGGGGAAUUGUACCUUUCCCUAAUGGGGAUGUUACACCAGAGAUAGACGGAAUAAUCAUAUCACCCAGUUUACAUAAGUGGCCUGUGUGUAUGUGGCCAUGGGUGACACCGAGCUGGAGGUUUCCUCUUCCCAACAGGAGGAACUGCAGAAGAGCCCGUCAGCUUCCUCCACCUCCACUACCUCGUCUCUCUCCUUACCCUCCUCUCCAUCCUCUGGGCCAAGGCCUCUCACCAGUUCCAGCCCCAGUGCCAGUGAGGGCCUGUCCACCUCCAGCCCGCCACUGGAUGUGAUAUCUGAGGGUGUGGGAGAAUUGAGCCUGGUCAUAGAUACUGAAGUAGCCAAGAAAGCUUGCCAGGAGGUGCUGCAGAAGGUCAAGCUCCUCAAAGGUGAGGGCCAAUCAACUUUGGUCACCACUAAGCCAGGGCUGGUGAAUGGAACCGGGCACAUAGGUUCCUCAGAUAGAGAUAGCAGGAGGUUGUGCACAUCUCAGAAGAUUGGCGAGGAGGAGGCCCCCUCGGACACAGUGAAGAGUGCGCGCCGGCGCCAGAACAACAACUCCUCUAAGCAAUCAUGGCUGCUGCGGCUUUUUGAAUCCAAACUGUUUGACAUUUCCAUGGCCAUCUCCUACCUGUACAACUCAAAGGAGCCAGGGGUACAGGCUUACAUAGGCAACCGUCUCUUCAGCUUUCGCUAUGAGGAUGUGGACUUCUACUUACCCCAGUUGCUUAACAUGUACAUCCACAUGGACGAGGAUGUGGGUGAUGCCAUCAAGCCCUACGUGGUUCACCGCUGCCGGCAAAGCAUCAACUUUUCGCUGCAGUGCGCCUGGCUACUAGGGGCCUACUCCUCUGACAUGCACAUCUCCACGCAGCGGCACUCGCGUGGCACCAAGCUGCGCAAGGUUAUCCUGUCAGAUGAGCUGAAGCCUGCUGGCCAGCGCGCACGCAGGGAGGCCCUACAGCCACCCCCGCCCUGCCACCACGGGCAGGGAAUGGGCGAGCACGGCCUCUCACCCUCCAAACGCACACACCAGCGUUCCAAGUCAGAUGCCACAGUCACGAUCAGUCUCAGCAGCAACCUGAAGAGGACAGCCAGCAACCCCAAAGUAGAAAGCAGUCAGGACGAGGACAUGAGCUCCAGCUCCGACAGUCUCAAGUUAGAGGCUGGUACCCCUGUCCGCCUGACUCCUCAGCGGGAGUUCAUUAAGUCUCUGAUGGGUAUUGGGAAGAGGCUGGCCACCCUGCCCACCAAAGAGCAGAAGACUCAGAGACUUAUCUCCGAGCUCUCCCUGCUCAACCACAAGCUGCCUGCUCGGGUCUGGCUGCCUACAGCUGCCUUCGACCACCAUGUGGUGCGGGUGCCCCACACACAGGCCGUUGUGCUCAACUCAAAAGACAAGGCACCAUAUCUAAUUUAUGUGGAAGUUCUGGACUGUGAGAACUUUGAGACGUCGAGUGUUCCGGUAAGGAUUCCUGAGACACGGAUCCGCAGCACACGCUCUGUGGAGAAUCUUCCAGACUGCGGCAUCACGCCCGACCAGCGAGCCAGCAGUUUCUCCACCGUGCCCAACUACGACAACGACGAUGAGGCCUGGUCCGUGGAUGACAUUGGCGAGCUACAGGUUGAGCUGCCAGAGAUCCACACUAACAGCUGUGACAACAUAUCCCAGUUCUCAGUUGAUAGCAUCACCAGCCAGGAGAGCAAAGAACCCAUUUUUAUCGCCGCUGGUGACAUCAGGCGGCGCCUGUCAGAGCAGCUUGCCCACACGCCAACCACAUUUAAGAAGGACCCAGAGGAUCCCUCAGCAGUAGCCUUAAAAGAGCCCUGGCAGGAGAAGGUUAGACGAAUCCGGGAAGCAUCUCCCUAUGGGCACCUGCCUAAUUGGCGUCUUCUCUCAGUCAUAGUGAAAUGUGGUGAUGACCUAAGACAGGAGCUCCUUGCCUUCCAAGUGCUGAAACAGCUUCAGUCUAUCUGGGAGCAAGAGCGGGUUCCACUAUGGAUUAAGCCCUAUAAGAUCCUGGUCAUCUCCUCAGACAGUGGCAUGAUUGAGCCAGUAGUCAAUGCUGUGUCCAUUCACCAAGUAAAGAAGCAGAGCCAGCUCUCGCUGCUUGACUACUUCCUGCAGGAGCACGGCAACUACACUACGGAGGCCUUCCUCACUGCUCAGCGAAACUUUGUGCAGAGUUGUGCAGGAUAUUGUCUUAUCUGCUACCUGUUGCAGGUUAAGGACAGGCACAAUGGAAACAUCCUGCUUGACUCUGAAGGCCAUAUUAUUCAUAUUGACUUUGGUUUCAUUUUGUCAAGCUCUCCUCGAAACUUGGGAUUUGAGACGUCUGCCUUUAAACUGACCAAUGAAUUUGUAGAUGUAAUGGGAGGUCAGGAUGGAGACAUGUUCAACUAUUACAAGAUGCUUAUGCUUCAGGGCCUCAUUGCUGCACGCAAACACAUGGAGAAAGUCAUCCAAAUAGUGGAGAUCAUGCAACAAGGCUCUCAGCUGCCCUGCUUCCAUGGCUCCAGCACCAUCCGUAACCUAAAGGAACGAUUCCACAUGAGCCUGACGGAGGAACAGCUGCAGGUGCUGGUUGAGCAGAUGGUGGAUGGCUCCAUGCGCUCUAUCACCACCAAGCUGUACGACGGCUUCCAGUAUCUCACCAAUGGCAUCAUGUGAAUGAAGGCGGGAAUCCUGGAGAGCGUGUCAUGGACUGUAAUGUUUGAACUGGAAAAGACUGUACCACUCUCAGAGGCCCCUCCCAAGCCCACUGUCUGCCAUGCCCCUCUGCCAUCCUGGCAUGUUUGUAAAGCCAGACUGACUUUUGAUCAUGGAAUUUAUACUCUGACUGAAGAGGUUUCAGCUGUGAAGUUUUGCUUUGUCUUUUUUCCUCACUCUUUCCUCAGUAGCCUUCUCUCAAUUGAGUCCUGUCCCCUUUUCUUUUUGGAGUAUUGUGUUUCUCUGGAUAUCCUUUUGGAAUCUUCUUUUGUCCAGUAUCUUAAUCCAUCAUUUGAAAUAGUAGGCUGAGGCUCAACUGCUCAGUGUUUUUGUUUGUUUGUUUUUUGUUGAUUUGUUUGUUUCUUUCAUUUAUUUGUAUUCAUCCAUGUGCUCUGUACUUACUGUCUUAAAUUCCCAUGUGUUCCAGAGCAAUUUUUGUGUCUGUAAUCACUAAUGAUCUCUACUUUGAGUGAACAGCGUUCGGUUUUUCACAUGUACACAAUGCAAUCACCGCUGAGACAACCGACUAGUGGUCAAACUAAGAAAUGUUUUGAGGGAUGUGUGCUUUGUAAUAUAAAUGAUAGGGGAAGAUGGAGGGUAAACAGCACAGAGUCAUAAGUGGGUUCUCCAGUGUGGUCUGAUCAGUGUUAUUUUAGCUAUAGAUUGAGAGAACCACACACUUUUCACAACUCUGAACAUAAUUGUUAAGAUGUCGGGCUUUAACUGAGAGUUUCCAAAAUUGGACCUCUCAAAAGGUGUCCCAGUUGGCUCAAUAAAGCUUUAUAUUGGCUUUUUUUGAUCUCCCAGACACUUUUAGCCCCUCUUAUCAGUUGCAAGAUAGUCACUCAUAAUUUGUCAUGCUGAGGCACAGAAGCAUGGGAAGGAUACAAACCUAAAUAUGUGUAGUGACAAUUGAUUGGAUUCUGUUUAGGGCAUGAAAAAAAUCCAUAGAUUUACCAAAAGUCCAAUUCUAACCAUUUUAAGUAUUAAAAGUGUGAAACGGAAGACCAAGAGUCAAAACACUAUUUAUUUCCUAUUUACAAAUGCUUACUUACAUUCUUACAUGACAAGUCUGACUUGCUUUUACUCUUAUUUCAUUCUGUUGAUAAUUUCAAAUUGUUUUGGGCAUUCCAAGAUGCCCCAGUCUGUAUAAAUGUCCAUAACAAAAAUUUAAAACUUACAGAAUGUGCAUGGUCUCUUGUCAGAAUUAUGGGGAGCUGUGCUUUAAUAUGUAAUGUAGCCACUGAACACUUGUAUUUUAAUUGAGAGCAGAGGUUCAAAUGUUGCUACAUAGGGUGAAAGUGGCAGUUGUGUAUAUGAUCUGAUCAAAUGAUGGUAGCAAAACACAGCAAGGGCUACACAUAAAUGGAAGAAAUCAAUGCAUUGUUAAUAUCUAGUUUUGGAUAAUUACAUACCAGAACAUGCACAGAUUUAGAAUUAAAUUUUUAUUACAACAGAAGGAAGGUAUGACCCCUUUCUAGUAAGUUUUAGCUCACCUUUUUUAGAUGAAGCCCAGUUCUUCCAAAUUAUUUGGACAUAUUUGAGUAAGCCAUUUACCAGUAUGUAUAUCUUUCAUUACCAUUUUAUACUAGUUUUCUGUGUCAGAUCUUUUUCCUUCCUUUGUAACUUGUAAGUCGGACCAGCUCUUACGAUUAUGUGAAUGACCUCCCGUAACUUGUGAAUGUUCCUUUGUAUAAUAAAUUAAAUGUCUGUUUCACACACUGAGUGCUAA